AGAGGUAGAUGGAAUAAAAUUGAAAGGUGUCUACAUGUCCAAGGCCAUACAUUACAAACAUAAAAAGCAGAAUGAAACAAGAUAUUGUAUUUGAAUAUUAUAAAGAUACAUAAACACAGACCUUGGCACACCACUUUAAAAGAUGCCAAAGUCAGAUGAUCCACUGAUCUCAGAGGAGGAUCCUACUGGAAAUCAGGGAGUGGAUGAGGAUGAAGAAGAGGAGGAAAUUGAGGAACUUCUUGAUGUGGAGUGUCAGGCAACCUCGGGACUGGAUAUUCGUUAUCCCCACAGGAGAGGAAGAUACAAACAAGCCAUGAAGUCUUUAAUUCCUAUCAGAUUUAAGAAAACGCCAAAGGAUGAGUUACCAGAAGCAACCGCUGGUUUCUUUUCUUUGUUGACCUAUGCAUGGCUGACUCCAAUCAUGUGGAAAGUCAACAGGAAAGGCACAGAAUUUUUACAACACAUGAGGUGUCCUGACGUAAACCGAUCAGAGGUCAAUGCAGAAAGGCUUGAGAGAAUAUGGAAGAGAGAAUUGAAGACAAAAGGUCCAGAAAAAGCCUCUUUUGCACGGACUUUGUUCAGAGCGGGAAGGACCAGAGUUAUUUUUGGGGGGUUGACCUUCAUCAUCUCUAUGACCUUCAGUUUUGCUGCACCGGCCUUUGUGUUGAGAAGGAUUUUGGAUGACCUUUCAGCUGGUAACACAAACAUUGGCUUUGGAAUCGGCCUGGUGAUUCUUAUGGCCGCUAUGGAAUUCUGUCGGUCAAUGUUUUUUGCCCUUGGCUGGGUGACUAAUUAUACUACAGGUUUACGCAUGAGAGGAGCUGUAUUGAGCAUGCUGUAUGGAAAAAUAUUACGACUUCGUGGCUUAAAAGACAAAACAGUUGGUGAACUUGUGAACAUCUGUAGCAAUGAUGGACAGAGACUGUAUGACGCCUUUGCUAUUGGUCCCCUUCUGAUUGGUGGACCAGUAAUUUUAUUGUAUGGAAUAAUCUACACAGCAUUUCUGAUUGGUCCCUGGGCUUUUGUGGGCAGUGCUACUUACAUCAUGUUUUAUCCAUUUAUGGCUUUUAUCAGCAAAUUCACAGCUCAUUUUAGGAGAAAGGGAAUUGUCAUCACAGAUAAGCGAGUAAGGAUGAUGACAGAAUUACUGAAUUGUAUCAAAUUAAUUAAGAUGUAUGCUUGGGAAAAAUCAUUUGCCAAAACCAUUGCAGGUAUCAGAAGACAGGAGCGAAAGGUCCUGGAGAAAGCAGCAUAUGUAAACAGUAUCAGUACCUCAGUGGCCCCAAUGGUUCCUGUCAUGGCCUCUGUGUUUGUCAUCACAGCCCAUGUCAUGACAGGGAAUCCCCUCUCUGCAGCACAGGCCUUUACUAUGAUAGCAGUGUUUAAUGCUAUGCGAUUCUCUCUGGGAGUCAUUCCUUAUGCUGUCAAGGCUUUAGCUGAUGUUUAUGUAUCCACCAAGAGGUGCAAGAGUAUUCUUAUGAUGGAGGAGAUUCAGCCACACACUUCCCAGAUUAACAAUCCAAAAUAUGUAGUAGUGAUGAAGAAGGCUUGUUUUGCCUGGGACCAGGAAGUCAUAGUACAGAAUGUAGGACUUCUGGAUGUUCAGAUCACAGUGCCUAAUGGAAAACAUGUAGUUAAAGAUGAGGAAAAAGAAGGCCUAAAUAAGAGCACAGAGGGGGGUGAAUAUGUAGCUCCUCCAACCCUCCUAGAUAUUGAUCUGACACUGGAAAAGGGUAAGCUGAUAGGAGUUUGUGGGGGUGUAGGAUCAGGGAAGAGCUCCUUGAUAUCAGCCAUAUUAGGAAGGAUGGUGAAAACUGCUGGUAAAGUGGCAGUAGGUGGAAGUAAAGCCUACGUCUCUCAGCAGCCCUGGAUACUUAAUGCCACCAUCAGGGAAAACAUCCUGUUUGGGGAGAUGUACCAUGAAGACAGAUAUAAUGCAGCCAUUGAAGCAUGCUGUCUGCAGGAGGAUCUGGAAACCUUUGUAUCUGGAGAUGAAACAGAGAUUGGUGAGCGUGGCAUAAAUAUGAGUGGUGGGCAGAAACAGAGACUGUCGCUGGCCCGGGCUCUCUAUGCUGAUAAGGAUAUUUACCUGAUGGAUGACCCCCUCUCAGCAGUAGAUAUACAUGUGGGCAGACAUAUCUUUACAGAGUGUCUCCUCAAAGCACUGAAGAAUAAAACUGUCCUGUUUGUUACACAUCAACUUCAGUACCUGAGUUCCUGUGACGGGAUUAUUGUCAUCAAGGAUGGGAUGAUUACAGAGAGAGGAAAACACGAGGAUCUGAUGAAGCAGGAGGGGGAGUACUCCAGCCUCAUCAACAGGUACUACAAACAGAAGGAGGAGGAGGAAAAGGCAGAAGACCCAACAUCACCAACAAGUCUCAAAGAAAAGCCACUUUUCCAUCAUGGGAACUGCAACAAUAACCGUAACAGGACAUCCUCUGUGAGAUCUGGAGAAUCCGAGCUGUCCAUGAGUCCAAAGUCACAGACAGGGAUACUGGACUCGGGGGGAAAAGAGUACCAGGGGAUAGAGAAACAGGUGUCUGUCAUCAGCAACACACAGGAGGAGAAAACCAACAAGGGCAGACUGAUUGUAGCAGAGGAAACCAGUAAAGGGAAGGUGAACUUCCGUACUUAUGGUACCUACAUGAAGGCGGCAGGGGGAUUCAUUGUAUGUGUUCUUGUUCUAUUAGUCUACAUCAUCAGUAUAGCCGUGUCAACAGGAACAAGCUGGUGGUUAUCUUACUGGUUACAACAGGGAGGAGGGAAUACAACAAUUAUUGGAAAUGUGACUGUUAAGAACAUGAAUAUACAAGACAAUCCUCAGCUAGAUUUCUACGCUCUCAUCUACGGAAUGGGCGUGAUUGCCAUGGUGGUGUUUACCGUUUUCAGGGCUUUUCUUUUUAUGAAGGUUACACUUCGUGCUUCUAGCAAGAUGCAUGAUCGAAAUUUCAGAAAAAUUCUAAGAUGUCCCAUGACAUUUUUUGAUUCUACUCCAAUUGGGAGGAUCGUUAAUAGAUUUUCCUAUGACAUGGAUGAAAUUGAUGUUCGAUUACCAGCCAGUGCAGAAAUUUUCCUGAUGAACAUUCUGAUGAUCAUAUUUGCCCUCAUUAGUAUAGCCUAUGUUUCCCCAUAUUUCCUCAUUGCUCUUCUGCCUCUUGCCGUUGCAUUUUUUGUGUUGAACUUUGUGUUUACCUCUGGUGUUCGUGAAUUAAAGAGAAUGGAUGCUAGAACCCGGUCCCCGUUGAUCAGCCAUAUCACUGCCACUGUACAGGGCAUCAGUACCAUUCAUGCCUUUGGAAAAUCUACAGAAUUUAUGGAUAGAUUUCAUCAGCUGUUAGACACCAAUUCGGUGCCUUUCUUCCUGUUUUCAGCAUCCAAUCGCUGGCUUGCCAUUCGCCUUGAUCUUCUAUGUGUUAUUGUAGUAGGAAUAACUGGCCUUCUUGUAAUUGUCACCAACAUUCCAACAGCAUUAGCCGGCAUGGCCCUGGCUUUCUCUGUACAGAUGACAGGGUUAUUCCAAUUUACUGUGAGGAUGGCAAUAGACACAGAGGCCAGAUUCACCUCUGUGGAGAGACUUUCACAGUAUGAAAAGGAAGCAGAAUCCGAGGCCCCGGCCAUCAUCAAGAAAAGUCGUCCUCCAGAUGACUGGCCACACGAGGGGACAUUAGUCUUCAAGAGCGUCAAGCUCCGGUACAGAGAAAACCUCCCACUGGCCCUAAAGGGAGUGUCCUUUGAUGUUCUUCCUCAGGAGAAGAUAGGCAUAGUGGGCCGAUCAGGAUCAGGAAAAUCCUCUUUGGGUGUGGCUCUGUUUCGGUUGGUGGAGCUAGAUUCUGGGUCCAUUAAGUUAGAUGGUAUUGACAUAUCCACACUAGGACUAGAGGAUCUGAGGUCCAAACUGGCCAUUAUACCACAGGACCCUGUUCUCUUCAUAGGCACCAUCAGGUAUAACUUAGAUCCUUUUGGAGAGUACAGUGAUGAAGUGUUAUGGCCAGCACUAGAAAAAUGUCAUAUAAAGGAAACUAUUGCUUCCCUUGAACAUCAACUAGACUCUCAGGUUAUAGAAAAUGGAGAGAAUUUCUCUGUUGGGGAGAGACAACUAAUUUGUUUAGCCAGAGCUCUGUUAAGACAUAGCAAAGUCCUGAUGCUGGAUGAAGCUACGGCUGCCAUCGAUACAGAGACUGACGCUCUAGUACAGACAACAAUCAAAGAGGCUUUCUCUGAUUGCACAAUGCUAAUUAUAGCACACAGACUGAAUACCGUCUUGUCUUGUAACCGUAUCCUAGUAAUGGAGGAGGGAAAGGUGGUUGAGUUUGAUACCCCAGGGAAACUGAUGUCAAAUCCCAAAUCCAAGUUCAAAACAAUGCUGGAUGCCACAGAAAACCAUGAUUUAUGACCAUUCAUUGUGAUAGAUUUUAAUUUAAAUCAAUAUUAUAAUAGUAGUUAUUCUGGGACUAAAAGAAAUUUAAAGUAAAAUAUUUUAAAGAAUGUCUGCUAGUUUUAUUGAGAAAAUUUUGUAAUUUAUGAAUUGAGAUACAUGUGCUUUACAAAUGACAAUACAGAAUGUACCCAAUGCAAUGAGACUUCUCAUAA